GCUGCCGUAUCGAUAUCGAAAAUGUUAGACUCCAACACCGCUAUCACCUCCCACACGGAUCUCCACCACCACCGCCACAAUGCCCAAAUCCGCGCGCAAAGGCAGCGUCAAUGGCGUCUCGAAACCCGAUCCGUAUGCUGGCGCGGCCGCGCGCAAGGCAAAGUCCUCCGCAACAGCGAACAACAUCUUCAAGAUGAACACAGACAUCGGUCAACAUAUUCUGAAGAACCCGGGUGUCGCGCAGGCGAUCGUCGACAAGGCCGAUGUGAAACAGUCUGAUAUCGUGCUGGAAGUCGGUCCGGGAACAGGCAAUUUGACAACACGAAUCCUGGAGAAGGCGAAGAAAGUGAUUGCGGUGGAGCAAGAUCCUCGCAUGGCUGCAGAAUUGACCAAGCGAUUUCAAGGGACACCAGCUGCGAAGAAACUCGAACUCAUAUUGGGAGAUGUGAUCAAGAUGCCGGAGUUGCCGUACUUCGACGUCUGCAUAUCGAACACGCCCUACCAGAUUUCUUCUCCGCUCACAUUCAAACUCUUAGCCACGAGUCCGAGUCCGAGGAGUUGCGUGCUCAUGUUUCAGCGCGAAUUCGCUAUGCGUCUGUUCGCGAAACCCGGUGAUAAGCUAUACAGCAGGCUGUCAGUGAACUGCCAAAUGUGGUCGAAAGUAGAUCAUGUCAUGAAGGUAGGGAGGAACAACUUCAAUCCACCGCCUCAGGUCGAGUCGAAUGUCGUGAGGAUAUCGCCAAAGAACCCGAGGCCGCAAAUCAGCUACGACGAGUGGGAUGGCCUGCUGCGCAUUUGCUUCGUGAGGAAGAACAAGGUGCUGCGAAGUGGAUUUCUGGGAACCACGAGUGUCAUGGAAAUGCUUACGUCAAACUACCGCACAUUCUGCUCACAGAAUGGCAUCGAGCUGGAAGAUGGGCCAGUCGAUGGUGCGGAAGAUAUGGACAUGGAUGGCGGUGCUGAGGAAGAUGAAGAGAUGGAUGGGCUCAUGGAGGUGGACGAUGACGAAGAUGUGCCGGACUUCUUCAAAGAAGAGAUGGAUCGGAGAUCAAAGAAGACAGCGGAGAAUCCCAACCGCAAAAAGAAGGGCAAAGUUGCUGAGUUGGUUCGCAGCAAGGUGAAAAAGGUGCUGGAAGAUAACGACCUUGCGGACAAGCGUGCUCGCAUGUGCGACGAGGGCGACUUCCUGCGCUUGCUUUACGGGUUUAACAGCGAGAACAUUCACUUUGCCUAGAAUGCGCUUUGGCACUCGUCAAAAGUGGAGCGGAAGCUCUCAUUCGAGACUGGACGCAGCCCGAGAUACUCGGCGCAAGCUCUUUCGUGCUCAAUCAUGGCUCAUCUGUUGCUGCUAUGGCGCAGUCCCCGGUUCUCGAUCUGAUUGCCAGAAAGACGACACUGCACUGCAAUCCAAAUACCACCUAGCCAAUCAGUGCACAGGGCUACACGAAUGAUCGUCUUGCCUGCUCGGACGACAUAGACGAGCGGAGCUGCUUCGUGCGGGAGUACUUCAACGUUGAAGAUAGUGUGAAGCAUGGCAUCUCCUUCCACGGUGCUUAUUGCCGCAAAAGAGGGCGCUGUCUACUAUCUGCCCAGAAAAGCUCGAAGCUCGAUGUUUCUAAACAUACACAUCACUCGAAGAGCGCGAUUACAAAGUCUUGGCUGGAUGAACGAUCAAACAGGUCAACAAGGGCGGUAUAUGAGCCAAAGACCCGACCAUCUGGAUCAACAGGCUUUUGCGGAUGCUGCAGAGAAGCCGCCAAUUUCACAGCACUGCGCGACAGCGAAGCCAAUGUCCAGCUACUGGACUCAUGGCAUGGCGAUAGAGCUCACGCGACACAUGUCAAGUGCCAAUAUAGACG